AUGAGGACCUUCCAGAGCCAGAGCCGGAGCUCUGCCUCCAGCAGCCCGAGCAGCGUCAGCAGCACGGCCAGCGGUACGCUCACUGCCCUGCUCAUACUCACCAUCCCAGUGUGCACGUGUGCUCCAGCAGAACUUCAGCAAGCCCUAACAGAUCAGAGGCAGCUACUCAGCCAGAUAGACGCUGCGUGCUCAUCCUACCUCUCUGCAGACAUAAAGAUUUGGGCAUCUGGUGUCUUAGAAGAACUCUGUGUCUUGAUGCUGUUUCGGAAGUCAAAGGAGAUGAAAGUGCAAGAACAAAGUAAAAGGACCCCUGUGUUGCACCCUCUCCUGCGUCUAGUUUCUCAACUCCAUAUCAGAAGAGAGAGAGGACUCUCAAUGCACGGUGAAGUCCAGGGACCUGGAGUAAUCCAGAGCAGAGGUUACUUUCUCUAUCGGCCACGAAAUGGAAGACGAUCAUUGGAGUAUGAUUAA